GGUAAACAGUAACAAUAAUACGCAUUUUCCCACCCAAUACAUAGUUCUCCAUUCCUCAUUCAAACCCAUUUCUCCUUCUUCCUCAAGAUGCAGGAUUCUCAGCAACUCAACAAAAUCCCAUCUUCUUCUCGAUUACUGUACUUGGUCUUCAUCUCCUCCUCAGUAUGUGUCAUCUAUCUUCUUGUAUCACUAUUUUUAGUUGAAUUCUCCAAGCCGGCCGACCUGUUUUCCAUUUCAGAAGGAGUGCAGGCGCCGACUAGGCUGGAACACAUCGUGUUUGGGAUUUCUUCCGAUUCUAAUUCGUGGCGGAGUCGGAAAGAUUACGUUGAGCUCUGGUGGAAGUCUAAUCGCAUGAGGGGAUGCGUGUUCCUCGAAAGCCCUCCGCGGAGAAACAUUAGCGAUUCUUCUCUUCCUCCAGUGUGUGUCUCGGAGGAUACUUCGCGGUUCCGGUACACUUACCGGUGGGGUUACAGGUCGGCGAUCAGGAUUGCGCGGGUGGUUAAGGAGACGGUUUUACUCAAUCACUCUAACGUGCGGUGGUAUGUGUUCGGAGAAGAUGACACGGUGUUCUUUCCGGAGAAUCUGGUGAAGACACUGAGGAAAUACGAUCAUCGGCUCUGGUACUAUAUCGGAGCUAAUUCGGAAAUUUAUGAACAGAACCAUGCGUUUGGAUUCGAGAUGGCUUUCAGCGGCGCCGGUUUUGCCAUUAGUGCUUCUCUGGCGGAAGUUUUAGCCAAUAUUUUCGAUUCUUGCAUUGAACGAUAUCCGCAUCUCUACGGAAGCGAGUCCCGGAUCUACAAUUGUUUGGCGGAGCUCGGCGUCGGGUUGACCCGAGAACCUGGUUUCCAUCAGCUUGAUGUUAGUGGCAAUGCAUUCGGUCUCUUGGCAUCUCAUCCAUUGACCCCAUUAGUAUCCUUGCAUCUCAUGGACCACAUAGACCCCAUCUUCCCUAACAUGACAAGGUCAAAAGCAAUGGAACAUCUGCUCAAAGCAGCUAAUGUCGAUUCGGAGAGAAUUCUACAGCAGACAGUUUGCUAUGAUCGCUGGUUUUCAUGGACGAUCUCAGUUACAUGGGGCUAUGCCAUCCAGGUUCACAGCAGACAUGUAUUCUUACCCGAUCUUCUCCCUGCAGAAGAAACAUUCAGGAAGUUGAAACUGAAGAGUAACAAUAUAUCAGGGGUGUAUACUUUUAACACUAGAGAAUAUCACCCUGAUCCAUGCCGGAGACCUACAAUUUUCUUCUUGGAUAGCGUUAGUUUCUGUAAGAAUGGUAUUCGAACUAUUUAUAAGAAAUACUACGAGAAUUGCUCGUACGACAUGGGUUCACCGAGAAAACUUGAUGAGAUCAGAGUUUUCUCACAACAACUAGACCUUGACACCAAGCAGUUGCAGGCUCCAAGAAGGCAUUGUUGUGAUGUGCUACCUUCUUCUGGGAUCAAGCUAAUGGAAAUUGCCAUUAGAGAAUGCAGAAAAGAUGAAAUGAUCUACAUGCAUUGAUACAAUCAUUCAAACUAAUAUAUAGAGCUGCUGUUUGGGCUAACUUGCGGGUUUUAUUGCUGAAAGUAAGAAGAAAGUUAACUGCAAAUGGAAUAAUAAUACUAGAAAGAAAUAUAUUUUAAUUAAAAAAAAUAUUUUACCGUUGGAUUAUUCUAGAUUAUAAAAUAUUUACUUUUUAAUUAAAAUUACUUAUAGCUAAAUUAUUGCGUAAUGUAAUAGGAUUUGAAAGUCCUUGUAUGCACGUUUUGGCUUUUUCUAGUUGUCGCUGGAGGUUUUCGAGGCAAGCAAAGGUGCUUAGAAGUUUAAAAAUGGGGGCCUCUACGGAAGAAUUUCAGUUUAGAUUACUUGAAGUUGAAACUCCAACAAUACAUUUUGAAGCUAAAUUUAAGUGGUGUUGACUCUAUUGAAGCAUGUGAAAGAACUUGAGGACUACCUUUUUUUCUCCAAAGACAUGGAACUUGAGAACUACUCAAAAGGAAUUUUUUCUCAAUUAUUUUAUAAAUUUUCUUUAUUUAU